CUCCUGGCUCUGUGGGCAGGGAGGUGCGGGUGUGGGCGCUGCCGUCUGUCCCUGCAGGACUCCGGGCCGGGCUCGGACGGCGGCUCAUUAGGAUGCCAUCACUUGGCCCCACCUUUCCUUGAAACCGAAGCACCGCCUCAUUUUCUAGCCGACUCUGGGAGGCGGGGUGCAGACACACCUACCAUCCCCGGCGGUUCGUGUGGGGGCGGAGCGCAGUCGGCAGCGCGAUCUCUCCCUUGCCCGCAGAGCCUUCCCGACCUCGCGGGGAGGAGGCCGGGGGAGGGUGCAACCAGACCUCCCAGAACUAGCUUCCUUCGGUCAGCGCCGCCCCUGACGGCCUCUGGGGCUCGCGGUCGCUGAUUUCCGCGGAGCAGGGCUCGUCCGCCCCGCCCCUCGCCCCUGCACCGAGCCUCGCCGCGCAGGCGCCUUGACACCACAGCGCCUUUGGUCCUUCCCGGCGCCCGGUAGCGCGCUCCCCGGUGACACGUUUCCUUGGGGGCGUGGAGGGGGCGGGGCCAGGUGGGCCGUCGGCUCUUAAAGGGACCCGGACGCGGGGCGCGGGAGGCGGCGCCGCUGGAGGCAGAGCGGGGCGCGCGCGGUUUGGAGCAGGUACGAUGGCAGAGAAGGUGCUGGUGACGGGCGGGGCUGGCUACAUCGGCAGUCACACCGUGCUGGAGCUGCUGGAGGCCGGCUACUUGCCCGUGGUCAUCGACAACUUCCACAACGCCAUCCGCGGAAGGGGCUCCAUGCCUGAGAGCCUGCAGCGGGUUCAAGCGCUUACAGGCCGCUCUGUGGAGUUUGAGGAGAUGGACAUCUUGGACCAGGCAGCCCUACAGCGUCUCUUUAAGAAGCACAGCUUUACGGCAGUCAUCCACUUCGCGGGCCUCAAGGCAGUGGGAGAGUCCGUGCAGAAGCCUCUGGAUUAUUACAAAGUUAACCUGACUGGAAGCAUCCAGCUAUUGGAGGUCAUGAGGGCCCACGGGGUGAAGAACCUGGUGUUCAGCAGCUCGGCCACCGUGUACGGGAACCCACAGUACCUGCCCCUGGAUGAGGCCCACCCCACGGGUGGCUGCACCAACCCCUACGGCAAGUCUAAGUUCUUCAUCGAGGAAAUGAUCCGGGACCUGUGCCGGGCAGACAAGACCUGGAAUGCAGUGCUGCUGCGGUACUUCAACCCCAUAGGUGCCCAUGCCUCGGGCUGCAUUGGCGAGGAUCCCCAGGGCAUCCCCAACAACCUCAUGCCCUAUGUCUCCCAGGUGGCGAUCGGGCGCCGGGAGGUACUGAAUGUCUUUGGCAGUGACUACAACACGGAGGAUGGUACAGGUGUCCGGGAUUACAUCCAUGUUGUGGAUCUGGCCAAGGGCCACAUCGCGGCCUUGAGGAAGCUGAAGGAGCAGUGUGGCUGUCGGAUCUACAACCUGGGCACAGGCACGGGCUAUUCAGUGCUACAGAUGGUCCAGGCCAUGGAGAAGGCUUCUGGCCGGAAGAUCCCAUACAAGGUGGUGGCACGGCGGGAAGGCGAUGUGGCUGCCUGUUAUGCCAACCCCAGCCUGGCCCUCAAGGAGCUGGGCUGGACAGCAGUCUUAGGGCUGGACAGGAUGUGUGAAGAUCUGUGGCGCUGGCAGAAGCAGAAUCCUUCAGGCUUCGGUGCGCAGGCCUGAGACCCUCCCCUGCCAUGCACCAGGAAGGGAAAGGACAACCGCCUGCUCUCCAGCCUCUGGUGGGAACCCAGGGGCCUCAGCCUCCCCUACCUCAAACCCCAGCUGGGCCUUCUCAGCCUACCAGGCAUGAGGCCAAGGGUUCCACUGAUCAGGAGCUGGGGGGGUCCCAAACUCUUCUCUACAGCAGGGUCCAGGAACCCAUCGGGACCACCAGAAGUGAAUGGGGGAGCAGGGGGCCCGAGACAGGCACUAAUUUAUACUGCUCUGAAAGAGCUUUCCGAAGUAUUUAAAAUAAAAGUUUUCUAACGCUG